AUGUGUGGCCGUUCAAGUGUAGAUUCCCCCCCGGCACGUCACACGACUCUUGCCGUUGCGGCAAUCAAUCAAGCUCACAGGGCAAUGCCAGGAUUAGCCGAGAGCCGAGCGAGCGGCAGUGCAAAGGUACAUGUGCCGUCGAACUACACAUCAUCCGGUAUGAGCCGUCAAUGCGCAAACCAGUCUGCGUGGCCCGACGUCGGUUGCAUCGGCAUCCCGCUGGUCGCGAAGCGCUCAAUUGAAUCCUUCCUUUGCCUUGCCGUGGCAGCCGCAUGUCGACAGCGGCACGGCGAAUCCACCUCCGUGCAAGCAGGCAAUCUUGCAGAACGGCGCGCCUGUAGUGUCAGAUUCAAUACAUACGACUCACCGGAUUCCACGCUCACCGACGCUCCGGAGUCAUGUACCAGCCAGGUACCAGGCACGCCGCCAAAAUCAGUCGAAGGCCCGCUCGUAUCGCCAGCAAAACAGGCCCAGGUUGCUGAUUACCGUACCCAAGACCCCAGUUGCGAGCAUCCGCAGUGCAGUGGGCCCCGUCUUCACCAAGACCCUCUUUGGGCUCGACUAUCUCGGCGAUUCUCUUCAACCAGACGUUGA